AUGGGGGGAGGAAGGCAGCCAUGCUGGAGCUGGGCUUAUGUUCUAUCGACAUCCGAGACAAGCCACGGGGUGAGUCCAUGGAAGUGUAAGUAUUGCUCAAAUACUUACACCGGCACGGCUGAACGAGUUUAUGUUCACCUUGGGGGUAUGAAAGGAAGGAAUGUAGAGAUUUGUAUAGGACAGGUGCCACUGGAGGUGGUGAACAAGGCUCGGGCAUCUUUUAAUUGUGUGGAGCUCACAAAGAGCUCCAUGAUUGCAGCAAGUCCCCAAGAGAGACUUGCCUUAGCUCACGAGAUUGAGGUCAGUGAGGUGAGCGGUGGUGCCAGCUGCGGGGCAAGUGGUGGGGCUACUGGAGGGCUGGGUGAGGUGAGCAGCGGCAGUGUUCCACUUUCUGGGAGCAGCAGUCUUAAACGAAGUGCUGCACCGGCGCUGGAUGGUGACAUUCAAAAGAUGAUGAAGUCUGCAAAGGUUCAAUGUCUGGAUGAUGCCGUGGCCGAGUUCUUCUAUGUUGAAAAUAUCCCUUUCAACACCAUUCGGAGGCCAAAUCUGAGGAAGUUGCUUCAAGCUGCUAUUGACUUCAGCCCUAGAGCUCUUGCACAGAUGAUGGGAUAUGAGAAGCUACGGAGUACACAACUGAAGAAGCUUUAUGAUAGUGUCAAUGCUCGACUUGAUCCAAUCCAUGAGGGGUGGAGAAGAUAUGGAGUUAGUAUCGUCACCGAUGGCUGGUCUAACAACCGUAGCCGAUCCUUGAUCAACUUCAUGGCCUCCAACGUCCAGGGUUCGGUUUUCUUGAAGUCUAUAAAUUCCGAGGGCAGGACAAAGACGGGAGAGUGGAUUUGGGUUGAGCUGAAGAAAGUGAUUCAAGAAGUUGGCGAAAAAAACAUUGUUCAGGUGAUCACUGACAAUGCAUCAAACUACAUUGGGAGCUUGUCAUGGGUAAAACCACUGGUGAAAGGCUGCAACGAGGUGGUAACUUUUAUCACCAAAAAACCUCAUGUUCUGGCUUUGUUUCGGAAGCUGAGCAAUGGAGAUCUCAUCAAGCCGGCGAGCACAAGGCUCGCUUACAUGUUUCUAGUGAUGUCUCAGCUCCUAAAUCUGACGACCUUGGAGGCAUUGAAGGAGAUGGUUGUGAGCUCCGAGUGGCGGCGAUUGGACGUCACGAAGACCGCCAAAGCCCAGUGCAUUCAAACUCAGAUCUUAGAAGAGACUCCUAACUCUUUCUGGACUAGGUGCCAGCACUUGUUGGUGCUGCUUGGACUGCUCCUCAAGGUCUUGAAGCUUGCGGACCGGGAGGGGGCAACGUCCAGUCUUAUUUUCGAGGCUAUGGACUGGAUGAAUGAGAAGCUUUCAGAGGCUGUUGAGACUGGGAUUUUAGCCGAGGAAGAGGUCAAGGAGAUCAACAGGUUCAUGAUGGAGGAUCAUGGCAAGGGAGCAAAGCAGACGAAGAGGAAGUCUCGACUGCUCUCCAAAAACUUGGAGAAGCUGGUUUUUGUGCACACAAAUAUGCAUGUCAUACAGAAGAUCGAGUCCGGGAGUUUGAGGCUUAUUGAGCAUGAUCUUGAUAACCUUGAGCUUGAGCCUCAGUGGCAAAGGAUCCUUGCACUUCAAGAGGUUGUUGAAGAACCUCUUCAACAACCUGAUGAUGACAGUGCUAGUGGUGAUGAUGUUCUAGAUUCGGAGGAUGAAGAUUAG